AUGGACAGGUAUGUCAGAUACAUCUCCGGAACGGUACAUCUUUAUUUUGCAGCUACUACGAGAGUACAGAGGAAUCUCCAACGAAAGCGCAUCUCUACAGGUAUUACUGUAUGCUAGGGGUAGCCUGAGGGGAAAGCUCCAACUUCAAAUUGCAAAAUACUUUCAACGUACUAUGCUUUUGCAACCUGAAAACCACCGGAUCUAGUAGCUCUUUAAUGAUUUGACUAUUUGAGGUUCUCCCAUCUCUCAGGCUUUUCACUUAGAUUUGUAACCUUACGUGGGUCGUGAAUGAAAUUCGACUGCUCUUUGCUAUUCAUUUAUUUGAAAACAUGACUGAUACUAAACCAUCCUCGUCCCAAGGGCCUCUCGACCCCGUGCGUCCAACGAGUGACUGAGUGAAAGUGGCUCUGGGGACGAGAAUCAUGAUACUAAACCUGGUUACUGUGAAAUCACAGACCGCGAAUUCCAUACGCAAUGAAGAAAUAUCAUGGAUUUGGGGCAUCUCACUCGGAGGGUUUAUAGUUGUAUUUUUUGCAGUUACUAAUUGGUUAAGUCUAAAAAUGUAUAACAUUUGUACCCGAGAUUUCGCUAAAAAACCCUCCAAAUGUAGAAAUAUGUGUUUGCAAUUGUAAAUGCAUGAUCCUUCUUCUGUUCGCUCUACUUUAUUAAGUCGAUGUAAUUAUGUAGUUAUUCGUUAUCAUAUUUUUCCCUGCGUGAUGAAUUGUAUUUAUUUAAUAUAAUCGUGUUCGAAUCACAUGCAAUUUAUUCAUUUCAUAGUGUUGACCUUACUGGCAAAAAGACUUGUAUCUCCUGUAAAUUGAAAGAGACCAAAGGUAUAAAAAUAUUUCUUGCCGCUUUCCAGAACCUUUUUAAACUAUAUAACUGGAUCCAGGGGCAAAGCCCCCUGCCCCAUAGACUUGCUCCAAGUCUCUCUUUCAUUGUCAUAUCGAUCCACUAUAGUGUACAUUACAUGACGUAGCACGGAGAGGCGGAGCGAGAAAGAGAGACUUGUCAACUUCGGAAAAUCUCGGUUCAAAACUGAACCGAAAAUGUAAGACUUGAUUUAAUUGUUUUCCUUCAAUUUCUUUCUGUAUUAUUUACUGUAAUGAAUUCAUGUUAUUCACACUGUGCUACAUCAAUUCAUAUAAACACUGACAGAAAACAAUUAAAGCAAGUCUUGCAUUUUCGGUUCAGUUUUGAACCGAGAUUUUCCGAAGUUGACAAGUCUCUCUUUCACGCUCCGCCCCUCCGUACUACGUCAUGUAAUGUACACUAUAGUGGAUCUAUACUAUAUGACAAUGAAAGAAAGAGUUGGAGCAAGUCUACCAGCCCUAAUGCCCCCUCCCUCUCAAACGGCUCCCCCCCCCGGCUCCUCCCCCAGUCAAAAGCCCUUUUCUCUAAAGUAUAAGCAAAACAUUGGAGGAAAAUUGAAAUUUCUAAGCAAGGUUUGGUAUUCUAGUAAUUGAAAUUUGCUUUGUGAAUCUUAUGUCUUGUCUUUAAUCAUCUUCAAAUGAUUCAAUAUCUUUUUAAACACGCUAAACAUUGUGUUGUAAAUACUUUAGAUUUCUUAAAAAUUUCCCAAUGGAUAGUAAUAUAGCAUAUCCCAGACCAUAUAGACUUGAGUUGGAAAGCUAGGCUAAACAAGUUAGUGACCGAGUUGUGGUAUUUACAUAAACAUACCAUGCAAGUACUUAAAUGAAGAUUCAGUUUAUAUCUACUGUAUAAUGUAACACUGUAUAUCCAAAAAUCUGUUUCAGAAAACGCACGAAAUGCAGUCCUAGAGGUGGAAAAAUACAAAUAUUUUCUGGGGGAGAAUGCCCCCAUGCAGACCCCCUACUAUUACAACAUUUUUUUCACCAACAACUAUCUGUCAUCUCUCCAUACUUACAUUGGCAUUGCUCUUCAAAUUUAUUUUUUUUGCUUCUUCUAGACGGACGAUGCACAAAUUACUUUUCAUCAUUUAGUAAAAAAAGUUCUUGGUAUAUCUUAACUUGCUCAGGUAAAUUUCAGACUUCUAUAUUAAGGCAAGUAGUUGCCAAGAAAAUUUAACUCUUCUAAAGGCCUGUUUAUAUCGAGGCGAGUUACCUGGCACGGUGAGUUACUCGCCCAUAUGGGAUAAACAAUUGCUCUGUUUAGUUUAUAUGGAAUCGAGUUGCUGACAGGAUUUACGACCUAAUGGAUGAUUCCAGCUAUAGACCAGGGGCGUAGCCAAGGGGGGGGCAAGGGGCGCCCCAAUCGCAAAACUAUUCUCUGAAAAAGGCUAAAUCCGUAGAGAAAUGGGGGUACACGUUACAUCCUCGAAGCUGAAACGGAGUAAGUACGUCUCGACUGAGGAAAACGACGAAAUACUGGAAGAACUUGAUUUCUAAAAUCUCGUUAAAACAGUUGUAGAUAUGGUUCCAAGAGGAAUAGAUUUAGUUUAGAUUUACAUGUAUAUGCAUUAUGAUAACAUGAAUAUUCUUCUCAGACUUAUUCUGUAUCAUAUAUAAAAGCGAGUAGAAACUUAGAAAUGUCUGGGAAAAUUUAUGUCUUCGACGUACUUUAUAAUAUUGGGAUUCUGCAAGAUUUCACCCCCAAAAUGCUUGAAAUCACAUUUCAGGUUUCAGGAACUCUAAAUUUCAAAAUUUUCACGGGGGUGCAUGCCCCCGGACCUCCAUAGAUGGUCUCGCGCCUUCGGCGUUCGCUUCGCACCCCCAAAAAUGAAGGUCUGGCUACGCCACUGCUAUAGACUAAAUUUUGAUCCAGACAAGAAGGAUGAAAUCUAUCAUUAUAGCUUUAAAGAACAUCCUUAAAUGAGUAAAAUUGCAAAGUUUGGUUGCAAAGUGUUGUAAAAUACGGAAAAUAUAGCCCUGUGAAAUUAGAAAAUUUUGAGUGUUUAGUAUACGCGCGGGAAAAUACACCACUAGCUUUUGAGCCAAAAGUGAUGGUUGGAGCGGAAACAAUUUUCCAGGAUGUUAGCUGCAGUAAAAAAUUCGGCGUUAUACGACGUUUUCACAUGUUCAACUUCAAAACCUUGGUUAAAAAAGGGUGCCAGAUAAGUGUUGCGACUUGCGAAGAUGUCAUGAAGUCUAAAAUAUAUAUUUGUCUGUUUUUUGCAGGCUAAACAAUGUCAGGUGACUUGCACUUCAAAAUUUCAAUAAAUCACGAUAUUCCUUAACUCCAGUUCGAAUGUCGCAGGCUAACUGAAAUUUUCAAUUUCAUUAAAUUGCCGAAUUUUUUUAUCUUUAAUUUGUUGUCCGGUGGGAUACAUUGCAUUUAUCUGAACCCACGUGACCACAAAUCAGCCAAUCACGUUCAGUUUAAGCACUCGCUAUAUAACAAUAUACAUUCCUUUGCAGGACCUGGUGUGCCUGUAAGUUGGUUCCGAAGUACAAGAGAUAAUACAGGUCAGUCUAAUCUAUAGUGUUAGGUAUUAUACUAUUCUUUUAUUCGAUUUUGCAUGGGCGGAUAUCCUGGAAGAUCCUCUGCCCCUAAAACGUAUAUAUCAACGUUAUGACGUCACUCCUUUGAAUAUUUAACAAUUAUUGAGCAUUAUAUAUAGAGGAUAUUACACGGCGGCGCCAAGGUAUGACUUUUAUCUUCGAGUGGUGAAAACAAUAUUUUACGAACGAGCGCAGCGAGUGAGUAAAUAUUGUUUUUAACACGAGAAGAUAAGAGUCAUAUCUUCAAACCAUGCACCGUGUAAUGUUCUGUUUAUUAGUUCCAAGUAAAAAAUUGUAUAAAUACUAAAAGUCACGUGAUCGAUCUCUCACUAGUGAAGAUAUGGAAAAUAUCUUACUGUGUAUUUUUCAGUAUCUCUCUACUAUAUAAUAAGAAGAAUUAACGAGCCUGACGUUUGUGUUAUCGAGUAGGCGAAGGCUGAGGUUGAUACACAAACUGAGGGCUUGGUUUUUUCCUUUUCCUCCUUUUUCUAUACUUUAUAUACAUCUAUAUUAUGUAAAUUUUACUGCUGAUUCUACCAUGUCAAAAUAAAGUUUAUAAUAAUAAUAAUAAUAAUAUCUUUUCAAGCCGAAUUAAGUAAUUGUCGGCAUCCUAUCGGAUUCUUCGCCGUAAACACUGCAACAUGUAAAAAAUAGGCAGGCGGAAAAAAGAAGUAUUAAAAAAGAAUACUUUUUAUUUUAGUGAUCCCGCUUGAAUCCAAUGCAGAUCUUCAAAAGCGGUUGGAAACGACAGAUUUGCCAACAUAUAAAUAUCAUAUAGUAAAGACAACUGACCAAGAGUACGGUAAGAUCAUUUUUAUAUGUGUUCUUUGUUGCGAGUUAUUCUUCCCCAAAGGCAUUUUUUUACAGCACUCUAGCAAACGGCAAAAUCGGGAUAUUUUUUACUUGCACCAAUUAUCCCUUACAAUCCCUUUUUACCCGCGAUAUAAUCUGCGGUUCGGUUUCUGUUGGGUUGGAUUUCUGCCAGAGGGCCUGUCCUCGCAUUUUUUGCAGUUGCUCCUGGUUUGGUCCAAAAAGUAUGAUAUUUACGCUCGAGAUUUCUAUCCAAAAAACCCUGAUAUAUCUGUGCGUAAUCUCCUGAAGACACAAAAUAGCGUUAUUUUCCCGUUUGCAUGUUCUUUGAAAGAAUUUAUCACUUUACGACAUUCGGAUUAAUGCAAUACGAAUAUUUUUUAAUAUUUUUGUUUCCCCUCGGCAUUACCUGCUUGGAAAUUAUUUUUUCCGCAAGAGAUUCAACUCACUUUGGGCACUUCAAGUUGCAUCUAAUUAAAAGCAGUAACAAAAAUAAAUAGAAAGCUGUGUUUGGUGGAUAAUAUAGGUUAGGCUAGAUUAGGUCUUAUAAAUUCGGUUAGAGCAGGUCUUAUGUCUUAGGACUGUCAUGUGUUACCCGCGCUAAACAAAGUCAUGAAAUGAAAUGAAAUGAAAUGUGGAAUCUCGAUCAAGUGAGAUAAAUCCAUAGAAUGCUUUAUUCCACCUGACUGAGAGUUCAAUCACAGCAAAUAUUUGCCCCAUGCUUACGUGAUUUUGUCCCAGGGAUAAAAACAGUCAUGCAUGUGAACACUGAAAUAAUUUAUCCCACUCAGGAGGUGGGUUACCCAGCCACGUGGGCUCACAUGUUCACCUCCUUUUUCUAGACAUCCACGUGAGAGAGACAAGACCUCCAAACUUCGAUAAGAAAAAGAAAUACGCAGUCUUAUUUAAUGUGUAAGUAACGAAGAAUGACAGAAGUGUUGCAAAAACAUUGUUCCCUAAACCUGCGGAAAUUCGUAACUUGCAUGACUGUUAAAGCAUUGUUUUGUUUGUGGCACUAUUUUGUUAUUCGUCAGUAAGCCUGGAUUUUCAUCAGGGGUGGAAAAAAUAGGCGAGCACUGCGCGCUCGCAGGAAAUGUUAAACAAUUGCGGGAAAUUCGUUUGAAUGAAGAUUUGCUAUUGACAAUUUGAAGGAAACCUUAACACAUUAACACACAUGUCCGACUAUGGGCACAACAACAUAGUUGACAGACAUUAUUCCUUGAAUUCAAAACUAUGGUCAGCUAGAAUACUAUAUGUUUACGCAAAUGAUGAUUUAGCACAAAAUGCUCCGUUGGUCUGCAGGAAAUUUUUGUCUCCAGUUUCUGCUCCUAGGAAGAAAAUUCUUUUUUCCUGCCCUGAUUUUCAUCAAGACCGGACAUUAGUUUCACUGAUAAAGAUCUGGACUUACCAAUCGUAAAUUUUCCUAAUUUCUUAACGCUGUUCGUUUCCUUUGUGAACAAAGGUCGAACACGACUCACUCAGAAUCGCCUGCUCGACAUUUAACAGUUAUUCUGCGAACUCGAGUCGUACAUGAGCUGGUAGCCAUCAGUUGGCUAUCAGUCAUAUGAGUAGAAAACACCGUUUAAAUAUUAAAAAUUAUUUGCUAACCUGAAAACAAGGGAAUAACGUGCUGUUUUCUCGUUCGCAAGACUCUGGUAAUUCUUGUGCCGCCAUAUCGUGUUUUCUCUAUACUGGGAUAUGACCUAAUAUCCUGCUAGUAGAGAGCCAAUCAGAUUGCAGAAUAGCUUGUAUCCGUUAGUUGUCAAUAUCAUAACAUGAACUGGCUUAUUAACCUUAAAAACUUAAAGUGUUUUUAUUUUUAUUCUUGGGUUUCAGUUAUGGAGGACCAAGCAGUCAACAGGUAAGUCAAAGAAAUUUUGAAUCACUCGUACAGACAUACUUAAAAAGGUACAAGAAUUGUUACAGGUCUACAAACAUGUUGUAAUAAGUUUGUCUUCAAGUCGAUAACAGUACCCAGUUGUUGUGAGAAAGCUGGAACAGGUUGUUAGCUAUUACAAGGAUGAUGGCUGUAACAGACUUGUUACAAGUUGUUACGACGAGAAAUACACACGCUGUUCGUAACAAGUUGCUACGAGCUUGUUGUCAUCAACUUGUUAACAACCUGUUACUGACGUGCAAGCCAUAUCAGACUUGUUGGGACAACUCUGUUAGCCUCGUACGUCAACCUUGUUACAAAAUGAUAACAACUUGUUUCAGACUUGUCAACAACUGCAGGGAACAAGAUGAUAACAACUUGUUUCAGAUUGUUGACAAGCUGUGAGGGUUGAUGAGGGCAACAAGACUCUCAUCAAUUUGCUCCAAGUCUCCAACAAGUCCGAUAUUGUCUGCACGUAGCAAGUUAACAAGUUCAUGACAAGCUCGGAGCAACUUGUUACGAACAGCCGGAAUGAGUAGCAAGUCUGUUACCGUCAUCAACGUUGUGACAAGAUUGACAAGAACUUGUUCCAGACUUUUUUCCAACAAUUGGGAACAAGCAGUGCGACCACAUCCUGAUAUCAGCUGCGCAACAAUCUUGUUACAAGUGUUUUCAGAUCUGUAACAACUUCGGGAAAAGUUACGUGAAAUCGACUGUAAGCGGUAGGGUAGUUUAUGUAAUUAUUACUAAUUAAAUUGUUCACUGCGUUUAGAUAAUGGAGACGUACCAAACUGGAUAUGAAACUUACCUGACAAGUAAUUAUGACAUCAUUAUUUGUGAAGUGGACGGUCGUG